CCAACGUCAACCCGAGCUAGGCUUCCUCGUCAUGGUCUAAUGCAGCUUGUGAAAAAAGCAUAUUUUUCUUUCUCUUUUUCCUUUCUAAUCUUCCCUUCCCUCCGCUCCCGUGACUUGUCGAUCAGGUCUGUUGGAAUUCCCGUUCGGAACCUGUCCAAGGGUCCAGACCGUCUGCGCAUCCGCAGCCACACCUCAUCUCAUACGGGAGGGUGUUGCCGAGACCGAGGUCAUGGGAUGAAGCGGUCCCUUCUCAUUUCGCGCGUCGGAACAGAGAAUGCGCAGUAUUCUCAUGUUUCUCUGAAUCUUCCGGCGAACUCGUUCAUUGUUACGCAAAGCGUCUCCCUUCCUAUGGAAAGAAUCUAGCAUCGGACCACCACGGGUCAUCCAACCGUCAAACUCAUGUGCUCUGGCUGGCCUGACUCAGAAGCUAAUUUCAUCGCGACUCUCUUCCCGCGUUCGGGAAUGUCGAGACUCGUGUCUCACCGUGAUUCUCUUUCGACCCGUCAACACUUGGCAUCCAACAGCGCCCUGCACCCUGGAAUUCGGAGAGCCGCCCCUUGGAUGCACACUCCAUUCUGGCAUUGGUGACAAGUUUUCCUCGUCAUUUCCAAACAAUGCCUGGAGGGUCUUCUCCCGUGUUGAGUCGAUCAGAAUGAGAACUUUAGCCGACGGCCAGGAUGGUAAUCGGGGCUGUCUUUUUACUUCUUAUAACCACAUGGUGAAGCGCUACUCCACAAGUACCACACGAAGGGACUCGUCGCCUUGAGCCUCACCCUAAUGUCAUGCAUUCUAGCAUUUGUGCUUGCGCCAGACCUUGCCUUGCGCAUCGCAUACUCACGAGGCUCUCACGCAAUGCUGACCGGAAGCCUCCUUGUGACAGCUUGUAGCGCGUCCCGAGAAAGCCGAUGUGUUCAGUAGAGGGCAGUUUUGUAGGC